CGUGUAUGUAUGUGGGGGAAUAAUGGGUAGGGGUAGGAGAGGAUACGCGUGCCGUCAAGCGCAGGGCGUAAUAUUUUAGAUAGCAGUGUUUUAUUUUCUUUCGAUUAAUAUACAUAUACGCACACGUAUGUUUGUGUCAUGAAUUCAACAUGUUCCUCGGAACUUUGGAACUGCCCGAUGUGUCGUUUUCUGUUUCACUCAGCUUUUUCUUCAUUAUUUUCCCAAUGAGCCGCUGUGCAAUGCCGCAAGCGAAUCAGGAAGAUUUGCUUCGCUCGUUCAAGAGCUAUUCCGACGUGACAAUGUUCCAUUACACGGUACCGAAAGAGGUACUCCGAGCUACAUGGCAAUUUGCCGCUUUUAUGGAUAAUCCCACGUGCCAUCCACGGACAGUUUAUAUACACGUAAGGUUUGGCAGUUAUCCAGUAAUCACCACGAAUAAUGGAGUACAUCUAACAAACGAGUCGUAUACUAAACGAGAUGACGAUAUCGUAGUCACCACUACCACGACUUAUCAGCCGAAAAAUGUAACUGUUGUUCCAGUCUACGAACCGCAACCCGGAGAUUGGUUUGUAGCCGCUUACAUGUCUUAUUCGGACGAGAAAGUUCAACAACAGGGACUCGGACACAAAUGUCAAUACAGCAUAGGUACGAUAGCGCUGUGGUCGCAAAUAGACAAUAUUGAAAGUAUUCCUAUUAAUUAUCAAACGAGAUUACGAACAACCGCGACGACAACAUACUACAAGCUAUACAUUUCGUCAGGAAUAUUAAACUUCCGUUUAUCAGUCUGGAACUGCACUUUUACGUUGCAGAGCUUUCGUAAUAUUCAUAAACCUUGUAUCGAGGCUAUAUAUUUGAAGGGACGUGUUUUGCCAACGUCCAACUAUCUUUAUCCCACGGAAUCUAAAAAUCUUGCGAUAGAUGCCAAUUACUCUUUCACAGAAUCUUCUCCUUAUGAAGACAGCUAUUAUUACUUGUUGAUCGUUUCGAGUAGCAUUAUAGAGUUCAACGUCAAAGUCGAAACAACAGAGUGUCCAAUUAGAUUGACAGAGAAAUGGUUUACUACAGAAUACAUGGAUAUCGCUUCAAGUUUUAAUUCAAUAACAGGAACAAAUACUUACAAAGAAUUAAUAAAACACAAGUGGUAUUAUGGAGAAAACAACGUUGGCAGAUUUUACCAAAAGAAAGAGGACAGCGAGAAGCAUGAGACUGAUAAUCAAUGUAUACCAAGGUAUCAAUUGGUUCGCGUUAAACAUGCGAACACGUUCUCGACUGUUUAUCUUCUGCAGGGAAAGGAGUGGUUAAGUUCGAGGCUAAUACUAACUGAUUUAGUUCCAAUGAUGACACAGUUUGAUAUUUUACCAUUGAUUGAUAUCGGUGGUACACUUGAUAUCAAUGUAAAUCUUGAAGUAAGAAAGCUGCCGUCGAUACAAUCGGUCUUGGUAACAAUGUGCAUUCAACGCGAUCGUAUACCGAAAUUGAAAGGCCGUCAUUCUUGUGAAAAUGGAACUUUGGCGAUAAACUUGUCUCGGUUGAACAAGCGCAACGCAAGUUUAUUAAUAGCAUAUCCACAACCAGGCACAUGGUACACUAUUAUUCUUGCGACAUGUUAUAAUUAUCGUACGCCUGUACCCUGCGAAAAGGAUCAAGUGUCAAUACGACUGAAUAUACGCACGAAAAAGUGUAUGUUUUCUGACCAAAGUCCUUGCGGUAGUCACGGCGUUUGUCAAGAAAUUCAAAGGAACAUGCUUCAUUAUGCGACGUGCAAUUGUUUUAAUGGUUACACAGGAUGGGACUGCACCGGCAUCUCAAAUACCAUACCUGCAAAUUCCCUGAUGAGCGCUCUGCUACUCGUUAUGAGCAAUGUCUUUUUCGUACCAGCCAUAUAUAUAGCCGUAAAGCGAAAGCUGUACGCAGAAGGGCUGGUGUACUUGGUUACAAUGCUGUUCUCAUCUUUAUAUCACGCCUGUGAUCAAAGUGGCGGACAAUUUUGCAUUACCAAGUAUGAGAUUUUACAAUACAGCGACUUCUUUUCGAGUAUCUUGGCAUUUUGGGUAACGCUGGUAGCAAUGGCGGAAUUACCGAUCGCUUUUCUACCAUUGUGCCAUAUGACGGGAGUGUAUGUCAUCAGUUUGGCAGUGCAAAUUGACAGGAUGUGUUUAAUCAGUAUAUCGAUUCCGCUAUCAUUGGGAAUCGUCAUACCGAUUUUCACACAUACCUACCGCAUGAUUCAAUCGAGAAAAUGCAAGAAACCAAGUCGAAGGCUGCUAUUAGGCUUGCUCUUUGCUAUUACAGGUUUAUUACUCUAUUCUUUCAUCGAGACGGAGAAAAACUAUCAAUACGUUCACAGCGUUUGGCAUAUCAUCAUGGCGAUAUCAUUAAUAUUUCUGUUGCCACCGGCGAGAUCGAAAGAAACUACGUCAUCGACAAAUGCUUCGUUCAAUGAUGACCGAAACAUGGAGUUGCAAAGAGUCUUAUGGGAUUCCAACAUUUACAAUAAUCGAGCCGGAAAAUCAAGCGCUCGCCUCAAGUUGAAUGUCUACGAAAGAAUUUUGAAUUCUAACAACCGUUUAGAGAAAUGUAUUUUAAAUAAACCUUUUCAACCUUUGUAGCAUAA